GCUCCACAGCAUGUGGGAUCUUCCCGGACCGGGGCACGAACCCGUGUCCCUUGCAUCGGCAGGCAGACUCUCAACCACUGCGCCACCAGGGAAGCCCGGGAAGUAAGGCUCAAAGGAAGGAUUGGUAGGAUUCAUAACAGCCAGGAAGGACCUGGGAACUUGCAUGGUGUGAUGGAAGCCAUGAAAAAUUCUUGAGCAGGGGACAGAGCAUCACAUGGUACCUUAGGGAGAAGACUCUGGCUGCCUGUGCACACUAGAUUGUGUGUGUAGGGGUGGGAGACUGAGGCAGGGCCACCAGGCAGAAGGGUGCUGAUUCUAAAGAUGCAGCCCUUGCCAAUCACCCGGGGACUCCUGCAUCCUCCCUGGGUCAUAACUUAGAAGACACCAACCCCUGAGGUAUACAGAUGAGGAAACAGGCCUAGAAAGGAGUGCUAGAAUCCAAACCUCCUACCUCCCAGCCCAUCUUUUGGACACACCUGGCUCCCCUCCCCUCUCUAUAACAUUGUCCUUCCCCCCACCCUGGCUGCCCCAGCAGCUGCUGCACCUUAAGUGGAUCUGAUGUAAUCCUCUUCCCUUUAUCCCCCAGGGAGGAUGAGCUGGUGUUAAGACUAAUGCAGCUGUUAAUCCUAUUUCCUCCCAGCCAUGAUCUGCGGGAGCAGCUGGGUGGAGGCUGUCUGGGCUCUGAACAGAGAAAGAAGGGGCCAUAGCUAGAGUGGGUGUCCCAGGAGGCCAGGUCAGAGCAGAUACAUUGAGUAUGAGACAGAGACUUCUAACAUCUGCUAGCAAUGGCUCAAGCUGCUUUGAGAGUAAUUGAACUUCCCAUUACCAGAGUUAUGGGAGCAAGAACCAAAGACCCAUUCCAGAGCAGAGGGUGGACCAGGAUUCCUAUCUGGGGUGGAGUACCUUACAGCUGUGCAAGGCCAGAAUUCUGUGUGAACAGUUGCUGCCUCUGAAAGCUAACCAACCAGAGGGGAAAGACAAAAUACAUACGCUGGGGACCUGUCCCUUCCAGACAGAUGGUGCCAAUGACCACAUUUAGCCCACUGGCUCUGCCUUCUUCUGGACCUACCUCUGUCUUUCCUGAGCACUUGGAGACCUUCAGGCCAGACCCACAUCUAGGUAGCCUCCGUGUCUGCAGCCUUGCACAGGGCUUGGAUUCUGAGCUGUAGAAGGAAGAUGAGAAGCCCCGCCCAUCCAGGCCAUGGAGGUAGAGUCAUCGGAGGAGAGGUCCCCAGCCCCUGGCUACAAGCGCUCUGGCCGUCGCUAUAAGUGCCUGUCCUGUACCAAGACGUUUCCAAAUGCACCCCGGGCAGCACGCCAUGCUGCCACACAUGGGCCUGCAGACUGCACAGAGGAGGUAGCCGAGGCAAAGCUGAAGCCAGAGACAGACCCCAAAGCGGAGGAUGCCAGCGGGGACAAGGUGUCAGGUGCAGCGGCGAAGCCUCGGCCGUAUGCGUGCCCGCUGUGCCCCAAGGCCUACAAAACGGCACCAGAGCUGCGCAGUCACGGGCGCAGCCACACGGGCGAGAAGCCCUUCCCUUGCCCCGAGUGCGGUCGCCGCUUCAUGCAGCCCGUGUGCCUGCGCGUGCACCUGGCCUCGCACGCCGGCGAGUUGCCCUUCCGCUGCGCGCACUGCCCCAAGGCUUAUGGCGCGCUCUCCAAGCUCAAGAUCCACCAGCGCGGUCACACCGGCGAGAGGCCCUACGCCUGCGCCGACUGUGGCAAGAGCUUCGCUGACCCCUCGGUGUUCCGCAAGCACCGGCGCACGCAUGCAGGCCUGCGGCCCUACAGCUGCGAGCGCUGCGGCAAGGCCUAUGCUGAACUCAAGGACCUCCGUAACCACGAGCGGUCCCACACUGGCGAGCGCCCCUUCCUCUGCUCAGAGUGCGGGAAGAGCUUCUCCCGCUCGUCCUCGCUCACGUGCCACCAGCGCAUCCAUGCGGCGCAAAAGCCCUACCGCUGCCCGGCCUGUGGCAAGGGCUUCACGCAGCUCAGCUCCUACCAGAGCCACGAGCGCACGCACUCUGGCGAGAAGCCCUUCCUCUGCCCCCGCUGCGGCCGCAUGUUCUCCGACCCCUCGAGCUUCCGGCGCCACCAGCGGGCGCACGAGGGUGUGAAGCCCUACCGCUGCGAGAAGUGUGGCAAGGACUUCCGGCAGCCGGCCGACCUGGCCAUGCAUCGGCGGGUGCACACAGGCGACCGGCCGUUCAAGUGCCUGCAGUGUGACAAGACCUUCGUCGCGUCCUGGGACCUCAAGCGGCACGCGCUGGUGCACUCUGGCCAGCGGCCCUUCCGCUGCGAGGAGUGCGGCCGAGCCUUCGCCGAGCGGGCCAGCCUCACUAAGCACAGCCGGGUGCACUCGGGUGAGCGCCCCUUCCACUGCAACGCGUGCGGAAAGUCCUUCGUGGUCUCGUCAAGCCUGAGGAAGCACGAGCGGACCCAUCGCAGUAGCGAGGCCGCAGGGCCUCCCCCGCAGCAGGAGCUGGUGGUGGGGCUGGCGCUGCCGGUCAGCGUGGCAGGCGAGGGCUCAGCAGCCCCGGCAGCAGGGGCUGGGCUCGGGGACCCUGCAGCAGGGCUGCUGGGGCUGCCUCCGGAAUCGGGUGGUGUGAUGGCCACCCAGUGGCAAGUGGUGGGCAUGACGGUGGAGCACGUGGAGUGCCAAGAUGCUGGGGUUGGGGAGGCUCCUGGUCCCUUGGGGGGGGCAGGCGAAGUGGGGGGUGAGGAGGUGGACGAGAAACCACCACAGUUUGUAUGCCGGGAGUGCAAGGAGACGUUCUCCACGCUGACGUUGCUGCGACGGCACGAGCGCUCGCACCCAGAGCUCCGGCCCUUCCCCUGCACCCAGUGCGGCAAGAGCUUCUCAGACCGGGCUGGGCUGCGCAAGCACAGCCGCACCCACAGCUCUGUGCGCCCCUACACCUGCCCCCACUGCCCCAAGGCCUUCUUGAGUGCCAGCGACCUGCGCAAGCACGAACGUACCCACCCUGUGCCCAUCGGGACCCCCACGCCCCUCGAGCCCCUCGUGGCUUUGCUAGGAAUGCCUGAAGAGGGGCCAGCCUGAGUCCCAGGCCCCCUCUGCCACACUCCUGGGAGCUCCGCCCCUACAGGGUGCUUCCUGAACCUCCCUUUGCCUCAGCUCACUCUUAGACUCCAGAUCCAUCCCUUCAUCCCAGGCAGCUAGCUCACCUUCCUGACAAAGAGCUGGGGACAGUGGAGGCUGGCAGCAGCCUCUGAGAGACAUGGCUCCCUCCGAGCACCACUCAUUAAAGCAUUCGCUUUGA